AGUUUUCAAUUUUUUUUGUAGCCUCCAAAUUCUUCCGUAACAAUAAGUUUACAGUUUGGUACAAAUGGAUACUAUGGACGCUUCAGAGGAUACUACGGUUGAAAACCAUGCACUCAUUCUAAUGGCUCUAUUGUUUACAACUGUGAUUCUGAAUAUGUUGGUAUUGUUUCUGCUGAAAAUAGUUGGAUAUGUAAUUGAAGCGCAUCAUGUUUGCGUCGAAGCAGUAGUGGCAUUAACACCAAGAACAUAUUCUAACCGAGGAACUGAUACUGCUGCAGAUGGCAUACUACCAUCUGAAAGGACUGAAGAAGCAGUUGAUGUAAAUGGCUCGAAAGACGACCUCUUGGCUAUGGAUAUUUGGUAUCCUGAUUAAAUCAUGGAUUCAGAGAAGUAGCUUCUGCAGCAGUACCAUUUUCAAACGUGCCAAAUAAACCAUUUAUAUUAAUCAACACUAAAUUAACUUUAAGUCACUACAAUUAACUGAUGAUAAUAUGAUUGUUUAUUAUUUUAAUGUUAUAA